UACCUACAGUGUCCUACAGUUAUUGCCUACUGAGGCUUACUUUUGUAUUGUCGGUUUGAAAAAGAAAUCUAUUAAAACUACAUACAAUUUUAUAUAAUUGUUAGUAUUUUUUGUGAAGUUUUACAAAGUAUUAUUUUUGUUUACUUGAAUUUCCAUUCCGUAGAAAAGUGAAAUACUGAAAAGUGAUGCACAGCCGAAUGAAGAGAUAAUUUUUAUUAUGUUUUUUGUUACCCAGACAAAUUUUGUCAACCUUUAUACGUGGCUCGAUAGAUUUUAAAUUUCAGCUACAAUCGUUCUAAAAUCAUAUUUGUUUCAAUACAAUUAAACUCCCACAAUGAGGGUCAGAAAACUUUCUACCUUGUUUUGGACUAUGGUCAUCUUUGCCUUUAUUUUCAUAUGGUAUGUGGUGACGGACCUAACAUUCCGGUUACCCGGGACUAAACCUAGCAGCCAAGAAGUGGUUGAUAGUAAAUGGUCAUCUUUGGAAUCUAAAUUGAGACACAUAGAACAUGAGUUGUCCCAACACAAUGCUGCUGUCGAGGAAAUCAAGCAAUCUGUCCACCAGAUAGCGGAACAGCCACCACAAGAUUUGCAACUCCAUGAUACCAAUAAUUUCGAAAUUGUUAAAAAGGUGGUACAUGAAGAUAAAAGUAGCAUAAGAGAGUCCAAAUUGGAAGAGGAACCCCCAAAAAUACGGCUUCCCAUAGAUGAAUCCCAUUGUGCUAUAAAGAAGCAGAGUAUUCCACUGACAGAUAUUCAGAUGUUAACAAUGUAUGAGAGGAUAACCUUUGAAGACAUAGAUGGUGGAGCGUGGAAGCAAGGCUGGAAUAUAGAAUAUAAAAGCAAUCAGUGGAGCCAGAAAAAUAAGUUGAAAGUGUUCAUUGUGCCUCAUUCACAUAAUGAUCCAGGUUGGAUAAAGACUUUCGAAAAUUACUACAAGGCACAAACAAAGGCUAUUCUCAAUAAUAUGGUGGAGAAACUCUCAGAAGGUUCUAGUAAAAAGUUUAUUUGGGCUGAGACGAGCUAUCUGUAUCUGUGGUGGCGCGACCCUGACACCACAGACGCCCAGAAGACCACAUUCAAAAACCUGUUGAAAUCCGGCCAACUGGAGAUCGUGACCGGCGGGUGGGUGAUGAAUGACGAGGCAAACAGUCACUGGCUGUCUGUCGUCCAGCAGCUAACCACGGGUCAGCAAUGGUUAUUGGACAACGUAGAUUAUAUUCCGAAGAACUCGUGGUCUAUUGACCCAUUCGGGUACUCCAGCGUGCAGGCAUACCUCUACAAGUUGGCUGGGUUCGACAACGCGGUGAUCCAGAGGGUGCAUUACAGGAUCAAGAAGGAGCUGGCCUUGAAUAGGCAGCUGGAGUUUAGAUGGAGGCAGUUAUGGGAUGGCACUGGCACGACUGAUAUGUUCACACACAUGAUGCCAUUCUAUUCGUACGACGUGCCUCACUCGUGCGGACCUGACCCCAAGGUCUGCUGCCAGUUUGACUUCAAGCGAUUGCCCGGUAACGGAGUCUCGUGUCCGUGGGGCGUGGCGCCGAGGAAAAUCAUUACUAAGAAUGUACACGAAAGAGCGAGCGCGAUCCUGGACCAGUGGCGCAAGAAAGCGCAGCUGUACCGCAGCAACGUGCUGAUGUUCCCGCUGGGGGACGACUUCCGCUACGACCGCGCCAACGAGUGGGACAACCAGUUCCAGAACUACGACAUGCUUAUUGACUACAUCAACAAUAGGGACGAGUGGAACACUGAGGUCCAAUUUGGCACACUACAAGACUACUUCAAAGCUGUUCACGCGGAGGAGAAACUAUCUAAUUUCCCGGUGUUGUCUGGAGAUUUCUUCACGUACGCCGAUCGCAGCCAGCACUACUGGAGCGGGUACUUCACCUCACGUCCGUUCUACAAGAAUAUGGACAGAGUCUUGCUGGCUUAUAUCAGGGCCGCGGAGUCGCUGACGGCGCUGGCGGUGACGUCGUCGUCGGUGCCCGCGGUGACGUCGCUGCAGCUGCGCGACGGCGUGGAGCAGGCGCGCCGCGCGCUGGCGCUGUUCCAGCAUCACGACGCCGUCGCCGGCACCUCGCGCACCGAAGUGCACAAUGAUUAUGGAAUCAAACUCCUGAAGGCCAUAAAGACCAGCCAAUCUGUAAUGCAGCGCGCCGCGUACUUCCUCCUGAAACAGCCGGCCAUCUUGGACCAGAGUCAAGAAGACAUUUACUUCGAUGUGGACGACAUCUGGCGGCGCCAAGAUGAGGUUCCCUCGAGGAUCACGAUAGCUCUGGACGCAGUGUCGCCCUCUAGAAGACUGGUGCUGUACAAUGCUCUAGCGUUCGAGAGACAGGAAAUAUUCACUGUUUUUGUGUCCACACCACAUGUUCAGGUAUACGACCCGGAGGGCGCGGUGAUGGAGGCGCAGGUGUCGCCGGUGGCGGCGGGCGCGGCGCGGCUGUCGCUGGCGGCCGCCAGGUUCCAGCUGUCGUUCCCGGCCAGCGCCAAGCCGCUCGCGCUCACCGCCUACACCGUGUCGCUGCGGGACACCGCCACCAUCAACAAACACACGUCAUAUGCUCGCGUGCGGGUGUACAACGCUGACUACUGGACGAUCGACUUGCCAAAGAUGUUCGCGAUCACACAGUUUGAGUCCAAACUCACAACAGAUAUAACUCUGCAAGCCGGCAACGCGACAAGAGUCGUGCUCACCAAGAAUGGACUCAUCAAGGCGUUGGUCUCGAAAGAUGGCACCACUACGCCUAUGCAUAUGGAGUUCGUUAAAUACGACACUGACAAGGGUCACGACAACAACAGCGGCGCAUACCUGUUCAUCCCCGCGGGCCCCGCCGCGGGCUUCCGGCCGGAGCCGUUCCCGGAGGUUGUGGUGGUGGAGGGCAGGUACAAGAGCACAUUGUACACUGUGCUCACUGAGCCAGCGCAAGCCGACGUCAUGAUGGCGAUCUCUGUGUACGACAACCCGUCGCUGCCGCAGACGGAGGUGGAGAUCACGAACACGCUGAUGAUCAACCCGCAGGUCGAUGACCUCGAGCUGGCCAUGCGGCUCUCCACCGCCGUGCGGAACAACGACGUCUUCUACACCGACCUCAACGGAAUGAACAUGAUCAGACGGCGGUACUUCGAGAAGCUUCCGACACAAGCGAACUACUACCCGCUGCCGGCGGCCGCGUACAUUGAGGACGACAACGUUCGCGUCACUCUGCUCACGUCCACGCCUCUCGGAGUCGCCGCGCUGCAACCUGGCUCCAUUGAGGUGAUGCAAGACCGGCGUCUGAGCCGCGACGACAACCGCGGCAUGAACCAGGGCGUGCUGGACAAUGUCCUCACGCGACACACCUUCCGGGUCAUUGUGGAGCCCGCGGAUAAACGCUGUCAGCCGCGGACGCCGGCGGAGCACCCGAGCGGGCAGCUGUCGCUGGGCGCGCACGUGUCGCAGCAACAGCUGCUGCAGCCGAUGAUCAGCAUGCAGUACUCCCCGCGCGACGACUCCUCGCCGCACUACUCCAGCGCGCUCAGCUCCGCCGCCGACAUCGUGCUGGCUUCCUACAGGGCGCACGUGUCCGCCAAGGACAAGGAUGGCAAAAUUCAGCACGGCGUGGGCAUGACCUUCCAUAGGGUCUACCUGGACUCGUGCUACGGCAACAAGGAGAUCAGCAAGUGGUACCCCGUGGGAGACGGACAGGUCCGCAUAACAGAGAUAGUGGAGGCUCGACCGGAUCAGAUCCUCGAGAGUUCGUUGACUCAUGUCCGCACCCGGGACCCGAUCCCUGGUGGAAUGUUAGCUUUAUGUCCCAUGGAGGUGCGCUCCGUGUUUGUCCGCCAGAACUGACUAGGCGACACCACAAGAAGAGAAGCUUUUUGAGGAGGGGGUGAUAAAAUUUUUGAAAUUAUGUCAGUAAUCAUAAAAAAUUCAUGUGAUAGUAAGAUACUAUAAAAGCCCAAAUACCAUGUGAAUAUCCUUAGCACAUUAUAUUUUAAUGGCAAUCCAACUGACUGAAUAGUGACUUUGUCCAAAGAAAUAAUUCGCUAUUUGAAUGAUGCAUUUACAAUGAAAUGUUUUAUUUAAUAUAUUUUUGAGGUAUUGUGUUUGUCUCAUCUGAGCGUUGUCCAUUACUUCUUCAGUUUCGAAGGGCCGGUGGAGCAUGGAUUUCCCAUACACACAAUCCAAACAUUAUAACAGGAAUGUCUUUUAUAAUAAUAUAAUUUAUUUCAGAUUUCUCCAUAAUUUGUUAGUAACAAUUCCUUAAUUGCUGGUGUUAAUGAACAUAUAAUAAAACAAAAACAGUCAAUGUGCGGUUCAGAUAGUAAGCAACACGUGAGUAGCAGUCCAAUAUCGCAGGAUUGGGCUAUUGGCGUGUGACGCACUAGUUGCCACAGAGAAGUCACUCGCUUGCGAAUGAUCAACGUUCCGCGCAGUCCACCAGAGGCACUACUGCAUAGUGGCAACCCCACCAGCACCCGGUAAUAUGUUAAAAUUUUUUAUUUUAUUCACGCCUUGAAGAUUAUAUUGGUAUUUUGUAUGAAAAUGACUGAUACUUAUGAGGGCUGCUCCACAGGCCCCUUAAAAGUAGAAUCUGAGGGUUCGCUAAGCUGUUGUAUAUAUGUGUAUUUGUUUUUAAUUAUGUUAAAUUGAUGUAGGAAUAUUUAAUAUCAAUUUUUUAAUUGUAUAAAACGUGACUGUGAACUUAAUUAUAUAUAUUAUUUUUGAAUCGUGUGUGAUGUUUAUAUACACAAUUGUUUAUUUUUUUCAAUCAUGUUCUUUUUUU